CGUAGUUUUUUCCAAUAACGUAUAACGGCGUUGGCCGUUCACAGAGAAAAAAAAUCAUGAAGUUUAAAUUGUUUUUGUUUUCACUGUUGCUGGUGAUAAGUUCCUCAGCAUUUGCCCAAGAAAUCGAAGAUGUUGAUGUCGCUUUUGAAACAGUUGGUCCUGUGGACGAGAAAACUCACGAAGAAAAAUCAUCGGAGGUGAUAAAUGAAAAUAUUGAAACUGUAGCAGUGCCCCCAAUUUCCCCUAGGAUCGGAAAAUCUGGAGAUCCUAAUCAAGGUGACAAAAAAAGUGGCAGAUUAUUGGAUGCGAAUUGGGAUUCUUUGAAAUCUCGCUAUGCUCCAGACCCGAUUGAUAAUAACCGCGGAGGAAUUCCACAUACAAUUUCUGAAGCCCGUCUCGCUGAAUUGCGCAAGGAAUUCAUGUAUUGGUAUUUCGAUAUGGGCGGUUCAGAUAAUCAUGGCGAUUACCAAUUCAAUAUACAAUCUUCUAAUCCGACGGUACACAAAAAUUUAAAUUUUCAAUUACCUUUCUUCGGUUUCCGUUACAAUUAUACCAGGAUCAGUUUGAACGGUUAUCUGGAAUUCAGCGAUCCGCCUGAAAACUACAUUCAAUAUCCACUGGUCUUUCCAGUUAAGGAUUGGCCUAAAAGAAACGAUCCUGCCUUCAUUGGUAUUUUCUUUAGCAAAUGCCGUAUUGGAAGUCUUCGUACUGAAGAUGGACCCGAAGAAAAGAAACCCGGUGUUUAUUUUAGACUUGAGCGUGAUUUGCAAGGAAGAACUGAUGUAUUGGGAGUAGAAUUUAGAGAAAGGUUGAAGUGGGAUAUCAGGAAGGGCGUUAUUGGAGCCGAAACGUUUGAACCGAAACACGCUAUAAUUGCUACAUGGAAAAAUGUCACCUUUGCUGGUGGUAUUCUUCAGUCGAUAUAUACUACUAAUACUUUCCAAGCUGUUAUCGCAACAGAUGAGGUAUUUACCUACGCAAUUUUCAAUUAUUUGGACUUGAAAUGGACUACACAUACUGAGGCUUUGGGAGAUACAUUGAGAGGCGAAGGUGGUACUCCAGCAUAUAUUGGUUUCAAUGCUGGCAAUGGAACUAGAAGUUACGAGUACAAACCUUACAGUCAAGCCAGUAUUCUUCGUGAUUUAACAAGCAGAGGAUUCGCUAAUGGUCAUAAAGGCAGACACAUCUUUAGAAUUGAUGAAAAUAUUAUGCUUGGAACCUGCAAUAAGGAUAUUGACGAUGCUAAUCUUCCAUUGGUCAUUGCUCCAGAAAGUGGUAACAUGUUGGGAGGAUCGGUCGUUAACAUCACAGGUCCCUGUUUCAAACCUACAGACCGAGUGCGAUGUAAAUUUGACGUAGUUGCCGAUGAAGUUAUUGGAAGCGUGGUCAGCGAGAAUAGGGCUAUUUGUGUUCAACCAAGAUUAUUUGUCGAAGGAUACAUCAAUUUGGAAGUCGCAGUUGGAAACGAGAAAUUCAAAUGGAAAGGAAAGUACUUUGUUGAGCCGCCGGCGUCUGCUGCCGAAAAGAUCUUCUUCCCCGACGGAAAGAUCUACGAAAAAAAUCCCGGCAGCAUUCAAAUGAAAUGGAUCAAACAAAAUUUGACUACAAACGAGAACGCCAAUGUCCGAAUUUCUUUAUGGGGUUAUAGAGAACGUACUCUAAGACCGGAAUUUGUUUACAUCGACACAAUCCAAGAUUCUACUCAAAAUGCUGGUGACUUCGUUAUAACUCCUGGUACAUAUAGAAAUCGUGAAAAUCCUCGAUACAGCGACAUCAAAUUCGGUUUCAUACAGAUAAACUUAACUGAAGCUGUAACUGAAACCGCGCCAGGCUUUCCGCCAAUUGAAUAUACGCCCGUCAUCUGGAGUAGACCCAUUCCAUUGGCAUGGUAUUUUGGAGCUCAAUGGGAACGCGAGUACGGUCCAAAUUGGCCAGGAAAACUUUGCGAGACCUGGAUCAAAAAUGAUAGGUUCUUGAAAAAUUUCGCUCACGAACUACCGCAAUGUCCAUGCAAACUCGAGCAUGCUUUAAAUGACAAAGGAAGAUAUUUACCAGAUUUUAAUUGCGAUAAAGAUACAAACCCCAGUUGCAAAUAUAAUAUAGGUUCAAUUCACUGUGUCAGGAGUGGAGCACCAACACUGGAGGGCGCCGAACAACAAUGUUGCUACGAUAAAAACCACAUGUUGAUGUUAUCAUAUGAUCAACUUUAUGGAUCAACUCCAUUCAGAUCGCACAAUCUUGGUUACUUGCCUUGGGACGAGGCCAAUAAAGUUCCAACUCUGUCUCAAUGGUUCCAUGAUAUUACGCCGAAAUAUCUUUGUUGUUUGUGGCAAGGAAAUAACGUGACAGGAGAAACCGGAGAACAGUCUGUUGGAUGUGAAACGUUGAGAUUCGAAAGAAGACCAACACAGGAUUGCGUCGCUUAUCAACCACCCGAAGUUGCUGGAGUUUUUGGAGAUCCUCACAUCGUGACUUUCGAUGAUUACGAAUAUACGUUCAACGGUUUGGGUGAAUUCGCUUUGGUGCGUACUGAAAAUAAGGAUAUUCGUCUCGAUGUCCAAGGAAGAUUCGAGCAGAUGCCUAUGAAUGCAUACGGUGAAGUCAGAGCCACGCAAUUAACAUCAGUUGCAGCGAGAGGCAAUUUUUCAACGGUAAUUGAAGUAAGAAGGAGACCGGCCGAUGCCAGUUGGAGAUACAGAUUGGAUGUUUUGGCAAACGGCCGAAGGAUUUACUUUGACAGACCUUCAUUGAAAGUCCAACAUUUCCCAGGUGUCCUAGUCUACACACCCUUCUAUAUUCUAAAUCAAUCUGAAGUUAUUAUGAUGUUCGAUUCUGGUGCUGGAGUGGAAGUUAUCGAGAAUCAAGGAUAUUUGACGGCUAGAACAUUUUUGCCAUGGAAAUUUAUUAAUCAAACUCGCGGUUUGUUUGGUAAUUGGAGCUACGAUAGAAGAGACGAUUUGGUUACACCGACUGGAACUAUUAUACCAAUAACAGAAAACAUAAAUGAUUUUGAGAAUAUUUAUAAAGAUUUUGGAAAAUUGUGGAUGCUUGAAGAUAAAGAUAAACCGGGCAUUGGGCGCUCACUUUUCCACAGGGAGCACGGAAAAACGUCAAGCAGUUAUAACAACAAAACAUUUAUACCUGUGUUUGAAAUGGACGUGGAUAAAAUAAUUCCACCGAAUCGUUCAAUAGAGAUAGCAAACGCUGAGAAAUUUUGUAACGAAAAUUGGCAAUGCCGAUACGAUUACGCUAUGACUCUAAAUCGAGAUCUCGCACACUUUACAUUAAAUUACCAUAGUUCCAUCAAGAAUCUAAAAGAAGUUAACAGAAAUCCGUUGAUCAGUUGUGGUGUUCUGGAAACUCCGAGGUUCGGACGAAAGUCAAACUUCUUCUUCACGCCCGGAUCACGAGUCACAUUUGAAUGCAACGAAGGAUUCAUCUUAAUUGGAGACCCGAGGAGGGAAUGCAGCAGCAGCGGUCGUUGGGAUGUACCCGUUUACGGAUACACCGAAUGUUUACGUGAACAGGAAUACUCUUCUAGAAGCGCAGCAAUGACUUUUGGGAUAAUUUUAGCCAUCAUUAUUUCGAUUUUGAUUGUUUUAACGUAUAUAGGUCAGAGAAUUUAUAGACGUAUUUACGUCAAAGGCGAUACGGGUUUUCUAAAUCCACCAUCGAGGGCUGCCAGCAGAUUGAGUCUGAAUAAGGUUGGAUUGAGAGAUUCAGAGAGGUCAAGUCCGACGACUCCGGAUGACUCUAAAAGAUUUUCCUAUAACAGCUCAGUAUUGAGUGAUAGAACUUCAUCAGAUUCGGUCAAGAAGCCUAGGUAUUACGAAAAGAGCUAUCGAACUAACGAACCUUUAGAAGGUUUACCCGAGGAUGACUUUGAAGAAAAGCCCUGGGAUUUAGAUUAUGAUUCCGACGAAUCGGUAGCUUCUGAGAAGAGAAGAAAAACAGCUUCGCCCAUUUACACUGAGCCAUUCGCGCAUCAAAAACAAGCAAAAUCCUAUGACAAUUUAGCUGAUCUAAGAAACACAUUUAAAAGUCAAAGCAAUGUUGUGACUGAAGUUUAAUUGAUUUUGUCAUUAUUGUUUUUUUUUUUACAUAGAGCAUGUGGAAUAGCUAUUAGUGCAUGUACCUUUUCUUUUCUAUAUACAAACAUAUAAAAAUAAAUUUAA